CCGUGGCCUGACUGAACUAAUGCUGGGCUCGAUUUGUCUUCUUUACUUUCUUUUUCUGGACAGCUGUCAGUAAACUUUACUAAACAUUAAUCAUAAAUGUACAUUUAUCUAGUAAAUUUGGUUGCUAACUUGAGUGUAGCUCUGUCAAGCACUAAGCCUACCGUGGUUUAACAUUUCCGUGGUUAUUUUGUUCUGCUUUGUUUACGGUUCAGCCUGUUUUAGGGCGGAACACAGAGAGAGGAAGAGGAAGAGGGGAGAAGAGAAGAGGAAGAAGGAGGAGCAAAACUCUUAGACGUUGAAGUUAUUGUUUUAACAAAAUUUAAGAUAACUUUAAAUGGCUUAAUGCUUGUUAAUGUUUUAUUUGUGUUACUCAAACGAUUUAAAACUAAACUAGAUCGGUUGGUUCAUUGUAUUUUAAGGGCAAUUUAGUUUUGUCGUCGAAUUGUAAAGCUCAGGCUUUCUCUUUCUCAACAUGUGAGGUACGAUUUUCUCAUCGCCUCAUCGAGACAUAACACUCGACAGCUUCAAUCCGGACUGCAACAAGGUCUUCUGUGAGGUGGAGACAUGGGUGACUUAACGCUGUGAAUGUACUGGCCCCAACAUAUAUCUCGGACCUCAUCCAAAUUUAUACGCCAGCGCGGACACUGAGGCCAGAGGGCCAGCUACAGUUUGUAGUCCCUAAGUCAAGACUUAAAACUUGGGGGGACAGGACAUUUUCUGUGUUUGGACCUAAACUAUGGAACGCUCUGCACCUCCAUGUCCGAACUGCCCCUACAAUGCAUGACUACCACAAACUUUCUGGAGACAGUGUUGACAGCGAUUACUCAAAUGAGAGCAUUGAAAAGCCUCCUUCAUUCAGUGAAGUGUCACAAAAAAAUGGAUACACCAUAAAAGAAGAACUUGGACGAGGGGUGUUUCUGGUGGAUAAGGGAGAGGGAAAUCAUUGUGUGGUCAAACAGAUGAAUGCAAGAGCUAUGCAUGACUACCACAAACUUUCUGGAGACAGUGUCGACAGCGAUUACUCAAAUGAGAGCAUUGAAAAGCCUCCUUCAUUCAGUGAAGUGUCACAAAAAAAUGGAUACACCAUAAAAGAAGAACUUGGACGAGGGGUGUUUCUGGUGGAUAAGGGAGAGGGAAAUCAUUGUGUGGUCAAACAGAUGAAUGCAAGAGCUAUGCAUGACUACCACAAACUUUCUGGAGACAGUGUCGACAGCGAUUACUCAAAUGAGAGCAUUGAACUGCCUCCUUCAUUCAGUGAAUUGUUACAAAAACAUGGAUACACCUUUAAAGAAAAACUUGGACGAGGGGUGUUUCUGGUGGAUGAGGGAGAGGGAAAUCAUUUUGUGGUCAAACAGAUGAAUGCAAGAGCUGAAAUCAAGAUCUUGAAAGAAAUAAGCCAUGGAUAUAUCGUUUCUUAUAUGGAUCCACUUGAAGAUAAACAAUCUGGACUCUAUUAUAUUGUGAUGGAGUAUUGUGCAGGAGGAGAUCUUACAAAGAAAAUAAAAACACAAAAAGAGAAAGGGUUUUUUGAAGAACAACAGAUUCUAGACUGGUUUGUUCAGAUUUGUCUUGCCCUGCAGUAUAUUCAUAAAAACAAUGUGCUACACAGAGAUAUAAGACCAGAGAAUGUUUUUCUGACUGAAGAUGGCUACAUCAAUCUAGGAGAUUUUGGAUGCUCAAAAAUGCUGGAAAGAGCUGAUGUAUAUGCUGCAUCACAUGUUGGUGCAAAUAACUAUUUCAGUCCAGAAGUUUGUCAGACGAAACAUUAUAAUUCCAAAAGUGACAUUUGGUCAUUGGGAUGGUUACUCCAUGAUCUCUGCAUGCUGGAUGUGUGGUCAAAUAGGAUAAAGUGUUUAUGUGCACAUGCUAACAGCUUGGAUGGAACCCUGCCUCACAUCUCAGAGAGAUACUCAUGGGAACUUCAGGAAUUAAUCAGACAAAUGCUCAGCUGUGACCCUAAAGACAGACCAUCAGCUGAGGAGAUUCUAGAAAAACCAUUCCUGGAAGAUGCAGUAAAGAGAAACAAGAGAAUUCCAGAAGCACUAGAACAAAGAUUUACUGAGUCCACCAGUGCCUUUGAUGAGGCCUACAACAAGCAUUAUAAAGAAUUUGAGAUCUUAGUUAGUGAGUGGGGUGAAACAGCAGAUUUACUAGAGAAAGCACAUUAUAAUGCCACAGCAGCAAGUCUGUCAGGUUCUGUGAUUGGAGCAGCUGGAGGAAUAGCUGUAUUAGCUGGUGCAAUAUUAGCACCUUUCACUUUGGGAGCAUCUCUGAUUGUUUCAGCUGUAGGUGCUGGAGUCGGUGCUGCAGGUGGUGUAAUCGGUGCUGGCGCCAAUAUUGCAGAUGCAGUAGAACAAAAAAAAUACCAUGAGAAACUUAAACAAUUGGAACCUUCCAUUGAAAAAGGAAGAGAACUGAUUCGCUGUUCACUUGAAUUGAGAAGGUUAAUAGAAACAAAUUUUAAGUUCCGUGAUUUUGCCAGUACCUCAACUUCUGAUAAUGUGAGAUUGUCAUGGGAGAUAGGAAAAGGUACAAUAGUUUUUGUCACGGGACUAUCGAGUCUUGGUGUGUUGGGAAAUUUUAUCAGAAUUGCUCUUCAGUCUGCCAAAAUGGGGCGAGCAGCAGCAGCAGCAGCAGGUGUGUUGGCUGGACUCUUAGUUAUUGCUGAUGCUGUCUUCAUAGCAAAAGAUUCCCAAGAGAUUCACCAGAUGAGAAAUCAGUGGAAAACAGAUGAUCCAGAAAAGGUCUCAUCCAGUGUACUCAAGGCUACUGCAGAGAUAAGGAAAACACACAAAGAUCUCUUCAAUGUUUUAGAGGAAAUAAAAAAAACACGUGCAACUUCGGAAGAAAUGAGAAAGAGGGAGAGAAAAGUGUUCAGGGGUGACCGAGACCAGAUAUAAAUAUACCAUCAGUCAGACUUGCAAAAUACCCUGCAGAUUUGUCUUUGAGUUUAGUUGACAGGUGAUAAAGAAUAAGGUUUUUUCAGAAAACUAUUUCAAUGUGUAAAACGUACUGAGACAAACAAUUGGUGUGUAUGAGGCCUGUAUAUUAUGUAUGUGUGUAUGAUCUCUUCUGUAUUAUAUACUGCUAUUUUUUUUUUUAUUUUUUUUUACUAAUAACAUAGUGCUGUUGAUAAUAGCUUCAGGGUUUUGUUCUCGAUUAAUUACUAUUAUAAGAUUAAUUUCUUUGAAUUUUUUUUUUUUUUUGUGUGUAUGUUUUUUGGGGUGAAUAUUUGAUCUGACUUAAACCAGAAUCUGAAAAAUUCCAAAGAAUAUUUUCUCAUAAAAAUAUUUUUUGAAGAAUCUAAGGAUUAUUCGUAACCAACUGUGUGUUUCUCCAAGACAGCAACCAUACAUUUGUGUUGUGUUUUACUUUUUUAUUUUCAUUUAUACUUCAUGUAUUAUCAUUUAAACAUGUUAUUAUUCCAUUUACUUAUGACCUAUAAUAAUCUUUGGAAACCUUUUAUGUAUAUAAUAAUUUAAUUCCUUAUAUAAUUUACAAACUUAUAUGAUGCUAUUAUUUUUCUAUUUUUUUCCCUUGUUGUUUAGUCUUAUGAUUGUGUGGUUUUUAAGGGAUAUUUACCUUCGUAAGAGAUCAGACAAUGUCUCCAUUUCAAGGUUUUUAAUGUCACAGGAUAAUGUUGUGAAGCAGUCAUUUUCCAUUGCUAUGGCUUGUGGUAUAAUAAUUUGGUGAUUUUGUGUUCAUCAGAUGAAGUCUAAGCAUUGAAAUGUUUGAAAUUAUUCAAUAAACUCUUCUCCUUUUUU